AGUUGGCUUUUUUCUCUUGCUCACAGCUUUCACACAAUCAACUGCAACGCAGAGGCCAUCGGGUUCUUGACAUAAUGCACUUGAUGCAUGUUUCUGUCAGAUGUUUUGCUCCUUGGACAUGGUUUUCACUAAAGACUGUAGAAUUUCAGUGGUGCUCAGAAGUUUGAUAUUCUCCAUGGACCUGGAACAGAUUAUUCAGGAAACCCUGGACCUCUUCUGCAGCUCCUCUGAACAGACCUACCAGGAGUUUCUGGGCUCCUUCACCCACCUGUCACCAGUAAUUUGUCCCACAUGCACAGGAAGCAAUGAGCUGACUUCAGUAUCUGAUGAGGUGCAUCAAGCAGCCCAUGUUAGCUCAGAAGACGAGGAUGAGAAGGCAACACCUGACGUGAGAACAAGAACACCCCCUUGCCACGCAGAGCGCCUUGAAGAUAAAGAGGAGUUUGUGCUGGAUGCAGGCGUUAGGAUGGGAAGUGUACACAGUGGAGAGCUGAGCCUGGCUGGAAAGCUAAAGCUGGAUAACUACCUGGAAUCUGUGCAUCUUAGCAGUGAUGAAGAAAGUGACCUGACAAUAGGAACAGCUCAGGGAACACUUCCUGGAGAAGCAGAGGAAGAGGUGCCAUCUUAUGUACCAUCGUUUCUACGCCACACCCAGCUGAAGUGCAGGACAGGGAAACAGCAGCUCCAGGGCUCAAGCUCCAAGUGUGAGGUGGUGACAGAGGUGGUCCCUUUCUCUUUAGAUGAGAACUUUGACUACGAUUAUGUUGUGCUUUCACACAAAUUCCUCCAACCUGAGGCACCAGCCCACGGUCCAAGAUGAUGCAGGUUGUAGUGGCAGCUGUACUGGGCAAGGAACAAGCUGUAAUGACAUUGGGGGAGACGAUUGCUUUACACUACAAGAAUCCAGGAGUCAGCAGGCAUCAAGCAGCUAACAUCCAAGAGCCUUGCUUUGAGACACUUCCUGAAGAGACACCAAAGGCUCAGGAUCCUUAAGCCUGACCCAGUUACCUAGUACCAGUUUUAACUCAGGGCUUUUCUUUGGAUCUCCUUCAUUACAAGGAAAUGUGCUGCUUGGCCAGUGGGGGCGAACACAAGUCUGGAGCUUUAUUGGCAGUUGGAGUUCAAACAGACGAGCACAUUCUAAAAUUCUCAUAUUUGCUAAUUUCCAAUUGUUUUUUAAGCCAUUGUAUGCCAAGAAAACAUAAUUGUAAUACAUUUUUCACUCUAUUCCAGCACAUCUGGUGUUUUGAUCUGUUGUUUUUUAUAUGAAUCUAUAUUUGCAAGUAAUUGAAAAGCUUUAAAAGUAGAUAUAUGAAUUCAGGAGCCUCACAGUACUGUGAUAAUCCAGGAUGAAAAAAUUCCCUGACACGUGGUAGUACCGCCAUCAGAGAACACACCAUGAAUAACAUUGCCACAAUCUAAUGGCUUGUACAUAAAUACAGAAAGACGGCUUGCAAGCUCAGUCUUCCUGCAGUGCUUUUAUGAUGCUUUGGCAGUGGAUAUUUAGUUAACUGCGUUAAUUGUUAAUGUCAGUCAGGUCCUAUAAUAAGAAAUCAAAUUAAUGACAUAUAAAAAUAUACAAUGCUAGAGAACAUGUCUUAGUUUAAAUCACUAUACACGUGUAUUCCUUUCUAUUUGAAAUAAUUGCUUUUAAAACCACUUCACAUGGAAUACAUUCAUUUUUGUAUGCAGCGCUGUGUGCAAGCAUGCCAUAAUUACCUACCCAUUUCUGGGCCACCGUUAUGCAAACAGCUCCGUUUCUUUCUUUCCAUUUGUGUCAAAACAUUAUGAAAACACUAAAGAGAUGUGGACAAGAAAAACACAGCAGGCAUUUCCUGAGGUCUUUCUUUCACAUAUUUUCAACGCUAUACCAAAAGCAUCACACACUGCUCCACAUUCCCUUUUUUCUUCUGCUUCUCUCCACUUUUUUACUGUCACUGAAACUAUGUCUUAUUAAGUCAUUGAAAUUGCAAUAACUUAAUUUAGUGACAAAAUAUUUUUUCCUUUAUUUUUGUCUGCCAUCUUCUAACAUUUCUUGUGGAGAUGAAGGACAUGAUAUUAAUUAAAGAUUAGAAAAGAGUAAACAGAUUAUAUCAUGGUACUACAGAGUCUGUCCGGUUUUUGAAUGAAUCUGUGUUUCUACUAAUGUAGGUUUGUGAAGGUGCAGUUGAUUGCUGGAAAGACAUUAAUCAAGCUGGGUCUCUGAAAACGUGCAGUUUUCCUUCACACUGUUUUGUGCUAUUUGUGUGAUGAUGUGGUCCUGGUUUCCUAUUAUCACACUGUGUGUUUGCCACAUGCUUUUGUUUUUGUUUCAACAUGUAAGACACUAGGCCAGCACAGUGGCACAGUGGUCAGUAUUGUUAGAAGAACAAUGUUCUCAUAAAAGUAAAUUUUAUCAAUUUUAAGUCAUUUUUAAUGUACUGAGAAUAAAUGUUUAUCUUUCCACCUUAGAUAAUAAGAAACCCAAGAUUGAUUGCGAUUUCUUGCAUAUUAUCCAUCUUAUCAUUUAUUGUAGUGUUGUUUUGGAUAGCUUGGGAUGAAGAGUCUGUUGUCAUAGUAUGGUUUUGAAAUCUAGAAAGUCAAGAGCAGAGGUCAACUUGAGUUGUGAACUGAACCCAAAACAAAGGAGCAAAGGGGGAAAUUGCACACAUCCAAUUAAAAAGGAAUAUUGAUAAAAAUACAAUUUAUUUUUGUAUAUUGUGCAACUUUUUUUAUCGUCAAAAGAAAACAGUUGCAUAAUGAGGAUGUGUUAACAAAGGCUAGGAUUUGGCUCAUUUCAUAGCAGGAAUUUCAGGGAAAAGAACAUUUUUGCCCCCUCUCCAGCUGGCAGUAAAAACUUUUGUAUUCAGGGGAAAACAGGGAUGUUUGGGAUUAAAAAUGUCAAAAGGCAGUUGAUAUCAGGCAGUGGAAUAAACACACGAAACUCUGAAGUUUUGAACACUGGGUUGUUUGUGUCUAGAGUCAGUGGGGCAGGCCAGCCAUUUAUGGCUUGAACAACAACAGGUGGAAUCCCCCGCUGCCUUCUGAUCGUCUCUCAGAUACUGCCUGCUGGCACCUCACCCCGCUGCCACGGUCCGACCGCAGCCCUUCAGUUAGCAGAGCCGCAGAGAGGUGGGGAGAGAUAGGAAGGGCAAUCCUGCUCGCAGGUGCUCUGUUGUGGGAUAGAGACGGUUGCCACAGGUGACAAUAAAGCACAUCUGAAGUAUAUUGUUGCUUUGAGAAUAUACAAUAUGGCACACGUGUCUGCUGUAUAAAAGAAAUUCAAAGGCUGCAGCAGAAGAUAAUACCUUGACUGAUUCGGAUGAUGAUGCAGGGUCAAAAUGCAAAGAUCAAAUCAUCUUUAUCUUUGAAGUACUGUCCCUGGAAGUCUGUGCUUUAUAACUCUUAUGCACCUAAUGAUUUAGUCAGACAGACAGAAAAUAAAUGUUUAUAAAUGUUAUGCAAUUUAUGCAACAUUCCAGCAAGCUUAAUAUUAAAUGUACUGUAUGAAUUGGAUGUGAAAUCUUGAGUGUCCUACCUUUUGCUUUAUGUUGUUUUAUUGGUUAGUUUCUAUGCACAUGAUUUAUAAUUAAAGGAAUUCUUGAAUGAAUUUUAUUUUA